AUGGUUGCACAGGGGUUGGAUAGUGAAGACUUGUCAGCUGUUCCCUCGACUUCAACUAGCAGCAACAAUUUGAAUGUCCACUCUGCCCGGACAUCACCUAUCCUCCUGUCCUGCACUCUACCUCGACAAGCAGCACCACCAACACCGCAUGAUCCACCAGCAUCGUUCCAAUUGUCACCAGUCAUAGUUUCAAGACCUGGGAGUAAGAAACAAAAGACAAAAGUUCAUACACAUGAAGAUAGUGCAGCCCAGGCAGCUGAAGUGGUGCAGCUUGAGAGGGAGAAGGUGGCCAUCAUGCGGGAACGCUUGCAGAUCGACAGAGAGCGCCUGCAAGUUGAAAAAGAAAUACUCAAUGAAUUGCGGCUGAUGAGAAAACAGGCAGAUCAGAAUGUAACUCCCAUGUGCAUCUCGCCGAUCAUCACAUUUGACUCUUGAAUGUAUAUACAAUACUUUG